AUGGCCUCAGGUGGCAGUGAGCACUGUUGCUAUUUCUAUUCCCUCCAUGCACAGCAGAAGUCCAGCACCGUUUCCUGCUUCUGGGAAACACAACCCCAGGGCUGUAUGAGGAUCAGCUGUGCCUUCUACCACAGCAAACCUCGCCACAUCAAUGGGCUCUUUUUGCCACCUAGUAACACUUCACCCAGAAAUCAAGAGAAUACUUUCCUACCAAGUCACCCUCCACUGAUUAUAAACCUCAGUGAUGAAGAGGAUGAAGAUGAAGAGGAUGAUGAAGAGGAAGAUCAUUAUGUUUCUCCCUGGGUGCCUAAAACCGCUGAAGAUAUCGAAGAGGAAAAAGCAAUAAAGGAAGUCUGCCGAAAAUCUGGAGAGUAUUAUAGGAUUCAGCAUCCUUCUGAACACCAAUCACCAAAACCUGUGUCUUCACCAUUGGGGAACGGGCUGUUGGCCAUGGAAACCAUGGAGCAAGACCCAGAGAAAGGUGAUGGCAGCACAACUCCUCCAAGAAUUCAUCAGCCAAAAAGAGAAGGAGAGAAUUCAGGAAGGAGGGUGCCAGUGGAGUAUGUUCCCAGAACAUAUCAUAGGUCCUGUGAAAAUGGAGAAGCCAAGCACGUUGAGCUGGUAAAGAACUAUCACCAUAAGGAAGUAAAGAAGAAAUGGACUUUCCAGGAGCCAAGGAAUUCACCCAACAGAACAGGCAAAGGAAAUCACACUGCAGAGCCCAAAGUAAAACCAAACUGCCAACCAAGGGGUCAAAGGAACAGCAAUGAAACUGCUUCUGCCAGUCCUCCUGUGAAAGAAAGGCAAAGGAGCAGUCACUGGAGCUCUCCAGAGGCCCGGAGGUCAGCCUACGUCGUGCACCGCACUGCCAGCGCCCCCCAGCAGCCAAAGGGCAGCACAGCUGCAGCAGCUCCGGAGCCACGUGGUGGGAAAAGCUCCAAUCAAAAGAACAGGCUUGAGACAAGCAGAAGGUUUGGGAACCAGGUGGAAAACUAUGACAAAUAUACUUCAGGAUCUUACAAUGCAUCAACUUGGAGGAAAAGAAAUCCACAUGCAAAAACAUUCUCCAAGUUCAAAACAACUGCUCAGGCAAGUCCUAGAAGCCACGGGAGAGUCACGGUGGCAGCACCUCUGUCUGACAAGAGCUUGCAGAGCAAACUUCUGUGGCUGAAUGCAGCCCAACGCCCAGCAGCUCGCACCGCUGAGGCUUUUAAUAAUGCCUUUAAUGCGCUGAAGAGGAUCGGCUCAGGGAAGCAUGGCUCGGCGCUCCCCCGGGCUCGGCCUGGCGCCCCCGGGAGCAAACCCUGCGCAGGUCCUGCAGCGCCUCUGCAGCAGACAGAGAGCCCCGGCGGGCUGAGGGAGCGCCGGUGUGGUGGUGCUUGUACAAGCAGCUGGGCAGCGGUGCCGAGCCGGGAUGCCAAGCCGCGGGAUGCCAAGCCGCUGGCUGCCUGGGCUUUCUCCCUAGCACACACACCGCCCCUGCUGGCUGUGGGUGACCGGACAGUAGAAGUGACCACACCAGGGACCAGCCGGCUGCGGGGGGCUGCGGUAGCGGUGCCGAUGUCUCCCUUCAGCCCCGCAGGAAGUUUGGCACAAACAGGAGCUCGGCAGCGAUGUGAGAUCGCAGCCCUGCUCUGCCGCUCAGCAGCUGCUUAA